AUGCAGCCGACGAGCUUUCUCACGCUCGCCUUUGCUGCACUGGCGGCAGCGGCUCCACCUCUCAUGGAUGUGCUCAAGAGCAACAAUGAUACCUUGAGUACUCUGACCUCACUCCUGGCGAUGGUCCCAGCCCUGAACCAGACCCUCGUUAAAGCCAAGGACGUCACCAUCCUCGCCCCUUCCAACGAUGCCUUUGCCAAGAUGAUGCAGAUGGACCCUACGUUUGCCCAAAAGGCGACCAACGCUACCUUCCUCGCCGAUCUCCUCAGCUACCACGUCGUGAGCGGCAAGACCACGGCCACCAUGUUCUACGAACAGCCCAAAUUCGCCCAGACCCUCCUCGAGAUGCCCACCGCCAACGUCACGGGCAACCAAAAGGUCGAGCUUGUCAGGAAGGGUGACCAGGGCAGGGUAUUCAGCGGCUACAAGCAGAUGAGCGUCAUCACAAAGGCCGACGUCGCCUUCCAGAACGGCGUGCUGCACGUCAUCGAUACCGUCUUGACGUUCCCCGGAUCCCCCGCCGACACGGCUAUGAAUACGGGCCUCACGAGCAUGGCGGGCGCGUUGGUCAAAGCUGGGCUGGUCGAUGGUGUCAACUCUUUGCAGGCUGCGACUGUCUUUGCGCCGACGAAUGCUGCGUUCCAGGCUAUUGGGGCUACGGUUGCGUCGAUGGAGCCUGCGGAUCUUGCUAGGAUUCUACAGUAUCAUGUCCUCAUGAAUCAGGUACGGUUCACUACGGGCGUGGCGACAAAGAUGGGAUACAAGAGUUUGAUGGGCGAGAAGGUUUCGCUGCGGAAGGAGGAUACCACCGUCUUUGCCAACUCUGCCAAGGUUACCAUCAAGGAUAUCAUUACCAGCGACGGUGUUAUGCACGUCAUUGAAAGUGUCCUCAACCCAGCAUCACCCAAGUUGAGCCCGGGAACCUCGACGGCUGCCUUUCCCGGAGCAGUUCAAGCAGCCAAUGCCCCCUUCACCGACGGAGUCAAGCCUACUGCCAAUUUCACUCCGGCCGGGGCGAGUUCGAGAAGCUUUGGUGUCUCCCUUAAGUCUGCUGCGCUGGCGUUCUUGGGCUGUCUGGCUGUUGCGUACUUGUAA